UAUAUAUAUAUAUAUAUAUAUAUAUAUUUGAAAAAGAAUAAUAGAAAAACCUUUUAAAAUAUAAUGGAGGUUACCGGGAGCGGCAGAGCAAGGGACCGCGGCGGAAGUUCAUCAAUGGAGAUAGAGCGUCGUUCCCUAAGAGCAAUAACGACCUCCUUCUUCGUCGAAGUUCUAACCGGACCUUGGUUCAUGGUAUUCGCUUCAUUCCUAAUCAUGUCCACCGCCGGAACGCCUUACAUGUUCGGCCUUUACUCCGGCGCCAUAAAAUCAGUCCUCGGCUACGACCAGAGCACUCUGAAUCUAAUUAGCUUCUUCAAAGACCUAGGCACAAACGUGGGCAUAAUUGCCGGACUAAUCGCGGAAAUCAUGCCACCGUGGGUGGUUUUGGCGAUCGGAGCAGGGAUGAAUUUCGUGGGAUACUUCAUGAUUUGGCUAUCGGUGACGGAAAAAGUGGCGGCGCCGCCGGUGUGGCUGAUGUGCCUUUACAUUUGCAUAGGGGCGAAUUCGACGUCGUUUGCGAAUACGGGGGCGUUGGUGACUUGUGUGAAGAAUUAUCCGGCGAGAAGAGGAGCGGUUUUAGGGAUUUUGAAAGGAUAUGUGGGAUUAAGCGGUGCAAUUAUGACGCAAUUUUAUCAUGCGAUUUAUGGAGAUGAUUCGAAAUCGUUGAUUCUUCUUAUUGCUUGGCUUCCGGCGGUGAUUUUGGUGGUGUUCUUGAGGACGAUUCGGAUUAUGAAGGUUCAACAUCGGCCUAAUGAACUCACAGUUUUUUACAGAUUCUUGUACGUUUCUCUUGCUCUAGCCGGGUUUCUCAUGGUGAUGAUCGUUCUUCAACAAAAAUUUAAUUUCUCCCGUAUUGAGUACAGUUCCAGCGCCGCCGUCGUCGUCUUUCUCCUCUUUUUUCCCGUCUUCAUCGUCAUCGCCGAAGACUACAAAUUCUGGCGCAUAAAACUAUCUCAACUCCUAAAUCCUUCUCCACUCACAAUCAUCACCCAAAAGCCAACACCGCCGCCGCCGCAAAACCUCGGAACCUUCGGCAUAUCUCCCGCCGUGAAACCGACGUCAUCAACGCCGUCCUGCUGGACAACCCCACUGAAGCCCCCUCCAAGAGGUGAAGAUUACACGAUUCUACAAGCGCUCUUCAGCGCCGACAUGUUCCUUCUUUUCCUCUCCACCGCGUGCGGCGUCGGCGGCACUCUCACCGCCAUCGACAACCUCGGCCAAAUCGGCGCUUCUCUAAAGUAUCCUAAACAGAGCAUUAGCACAUUUGUAUCAUUAGUAAGUAUUUGGAAUUACCUAGGGCGCGUAGUUUCGGGUUUCACCUCCGAAAUUUUCCUCAGCAAAUACAAAUUCCCUCGAACCCUAAUUUUAACCUUAAUUCUCCUCCUCUCCUGCGUCGGCCAUAUCCUAAUCGCCUUCAACCCUCCUGGCGGCCUCUACUUCGCCUCAAUCGUAAUCGGAUUCUGCUACGGCGCUCAGUGGCCGAUUCUAUUCGCCAUAAUCUCAGAGAUCUUCGGCCUCAAAUACUAUUCCACGCUUUACAAUUUCGGAUCCGUUGCGAGCCCGAUCGGGUUGUAUUUUGUGAAUGUUCGAGUCGCUGGACAUUUGUACGACGAGGAGGCGAAGCGGCAGUUGGCAGCGUCCGGGAUGAAGAGGAUGCCUGGAAAAGAAUUGAACUGCGUUGGUGUGGAUUGCUUUAAAAUGUCGUUCAUUAUAAUCACCGGAGUUACACUGCUUGGUGCUCUAUUCUCAUUUGUUUUGGUUCUUAGAACUAGAGCCUUUUAUAAGACUGAUAUUUAUAGGAAGUUUAGGGAGGAGGUUGAUGAAGGUGAAGCUGCUGGAAACGACGUCGUUUCCAAUAAUGACAGAAAUGUUGAAGCCAACAACUUUGGAGUUGUUCUAAUGGAACUAGCAACAGGAAAGCAACCCAUUUUCUAAGACACCUGCCAGGAAAGCAACAAGAAAGCAGAAUGAGAGAACUAAAAGGUAAUCUGAAAGAGAUGGUAGAUCCUAGCAUAUCAGAGGCUCAGGUGGAGAACGCAGUCAAAGUGCUAAGGAUCGCACUUCGCUGCACGGCUAAGAUUCCAUCUACAAGGCCCUCCAUGAAAAUGGUGGUUCAUAUGCUUGAAGAGGCUGAACCUUGUAACUUUAUUGACAUUGUUGUCAAGAAAGAAUGUGAAAACUAAAAGUAAUCAGCAAGAUUUGCAUCAUUACUACUGCAGUAGCAAAAGGAGAGCAUUUAUUGAGUUUAGUGUUAGGUCAUAAUAGGAUUUCAAGUCUUUCUCAAAAAGCUUGAAAUGCCAAAGGAGAACAUUUCUGUUAAAAACGACCUCCUGCUUUAGCUAUGAAGUUCUACCUUAUUCAAACUUUAUAGAAAGAUGAGAUUAAAGUGAAAAAUAUUCCUUAAACUCAA